CGGUACACUUUAAAAAUAUGGCAAGAAUACUGGAAUAUAUCUGAGACAGGACGACGUCUGUACAAUAUCCAAAGUGGUCUCCUAUGGUCAACUUACCCCGUGUAUGGGGUAAGUUAACCCAUAAUGGUGGACUUUUAUGUUAGGUUUUUGACCUCAUGUUGUAGCUCAUAGAUACCACAAUUGAUGAAUAAAACAAAUUUAAAUGAACUUUUUUUGGUCUGAACACAAUUCUAAUCAAACUGGUGACAGACUAGAUUCACUCUACAGAGUGAAAAAUGAUUUUAUUUUGGAAUAAAUGUCUAACUCCUUCACCUGUGUGUUUCUAACCUUCACAGACUCCAUGAAUUGAUGCCCAUCUCCUAAAUAUUUGGUCACAUGAUCAAUUUCUUUGACCAUUUACAAGAAACAGGGGGUGGCUCAACUUACCCCAUUCUCCCCUAUUGUUUAAAACUGAGAAUUCAGCAUCUGUGAUUCUGAGUUUUUCGUAGAAAGGACAACUGCCUAAGGCGAAACUUCUCAAGUAAGUCCAGUUGUCCUUUCCAAAAGAGUGUUAGAAUUUUGAUCCAUCAGACCUCAGGACAGUUCACGGAUAAGUGAUAUUACGACCAUGCGGUGACUCCAACUACGGAGUCCUGAUGCUCUUAAACCUGUAGAUAUUGUUCAGCAUUAUUGAGCCUUCACAGAUGAGGAAGAUACUCAUGACAUGGACUUGAGUGAUCCCCAUACUAUCAGGACUAAUUCCAAUUUACCCUUUGGCUCAACUUACCCAACUCUCCCCUAUAGGUUUUUAUUUCUGCUUAAUUUCCUGUGCCAAACUCCAGUCCAAUAGGUGGCGGUAAUGCUCCUUAAAAUGGUUGCCAACCGCCAUUAAAACGAAGAAAAAGAACAUGAUGAUGUUUUCCGGAAGAGAAGAUGGCGGCAUUCGGCGCGGAGCGUUGGUGGGAUGAUCUACCAAACCAUAUCGUGUUCAGGAAGAUCCGAGAGAAGCUGGAUUUGGACUCGAAUGAAAGAGGAGUAGCUAAAAAUCUGACCUUUUGUCUGGGUGGUGACUUUUUUAUCUGGGACGACAGUGAGCGCGUGUUUUACACCACUAACUUACGGCAGUUAAACUCAGGUGAGGGGGGGACCUGUCAGACCCUGCUCUGCAUCAACCCUCCUCUGUUCGAGGUCUGCCAGGUCUUACUCAGUCCCACCCAGCACCAUGUCGCCCUCAUCGGACAGAGGGGCGUCUCGGUCCUGGAGCUCCCUCAGCGGUGGGGUAAGAGGUCCGAGUUCGAAGGUGGACGGAACCAGAUCAACUGCAAAACCAUCCCGGUGGCCGAGCGGUUCUUCACCAGCUCCCCCUCCGUGAGUCUGCGGCAGGCGGCUUGGUACCCCAGCGAGACCGAAGACCCGCACCUGGUGCUGCUCACCUCCGACAACACCAUCAGGUUUGACAGCUUUUUAUUUAUUUGAGUCUGUUACAGUUAGGGCUGGGACGAUACGCUUUUCUCCCGAUUCGAUCCGAUUUAAAUUGCGAUUCUACGAUAUUGUUGAUUUUCUCGAUUUUUAGUCUUUAUUUUUAACAGUAAAACAGUUGAAUGAUUAUGAUUGUCUACUGACUAUUCCAGGAACUGUGCUUCCCCAAAAAACACAUCACAUGUAAGUCAGUUUUUAAGAAUUAUGCUGCGUUUGCGUUACCUUGGAAGGCAGAUGUCGGAGCUGAAAAUGAUGUCAUUCCCGAGUUCCGCGCAUUUCAGUUACCAAGUUGGAAAAAAGCUAAAUCGGAGGCGGAAACCAGAUGGCUACAUCUAAGGAAGUGAUUGUAGUGCUUACCUUGUUGUUACUUAUAUUCAGACAAGGCAAGUGCUAAAAUAACUUUUGCAGAUGUAGCCAUCUUGUUUCUGUUUUCUGUUUGGUAACUGAAAUGCUGGUAACUUAGGUGUGACAUCAUUCCCACUUGGGACAUCUAACUUCCAAGGUAACUGGAACGCAGCAAAAUUCUUACAUUUGAAAAAAACCAAAACAUUUUUAAUUGUAAAACAAAAAAUCGUGAUACUUAUAUGAAUCAAUUUUUUUACUCCCACCCCUAAUUACGAUGUGUUUAAAAUCUUUUAUUAAAAGUGCACCCAAACCAACCUAAAUUUGAAUUUCAUUUAUUUAGAUCUCCAUUAGCUUCGGCUAAGGCCGUUGCUAUCCUUCCUGGAGUCUACAUUUACAAUUAGCCCUCCAUGGCAGUGCAAAGACACACAAAAAAACCAACACGCCACAAACACAAAGACAACGUCAAUAACCCCAACAACCCACAACAGCCAACGAGACAAAAAAAACAACAAAACUAGAACAAUACAAAGAACAUACACAUGACUGAACCUUAUUUACUUUCACAGUGUAGCUUUCUGAAAUUAUCAGAUGUUCAAAUAUCAACAUACGUUCCACAUAAUUGAAUUAAUUUACAGUAACAAUACCCAAUAUUUAAGCCGACUUCAGAUAUUUUGAUUAAAUCAGAGGACACUGAUUGAUUCUACAAAGUAGCUUCAUCUAAAUAAGGAGCUGUUUGAUGAAUAAAUGUUCUUUUACUGGAUCUUUAAAUCUGUAUUUGUCGUGUUCUUGGAUGAUAUGUCCUGGUAGAGUGUUCCCUCUCACCAUGGCCCUAUACAUCACUGUACUUUUCAUCUUGUUUGUUUUUACUUUGGUGAAUUUACCCUACGUAGCAUGUCUUAUGUAUUUAUUUUACAGGAGGAUAUUUACUUCAUAUUGACAUGAUAAGGCCUGAUUGUUUAUCAUAACCUCUAUUUCUCACUCACUACACCAUCAGGUUUUACAGCUUGAAGUCUCCGCAGACCUCCACCAAAGUCCUGUCCCUGUCCCAGCCUGAGGACGACAGCAGCGUCCACCCUCCAGCCCGCUCUUACGCAGCCUCUCUGGGGGAGAUCGCCGUGGCCUUCGACUUCGGACCUCCUUCAGCCCCACCUCGGCAGCUGACAGGACUCUGCUCCAAAGACCAGCAGGUCUACCCGAUUUACAUCCUGUACGAGAACGGGGAGACCUACCUGAGCUACACCUGCCAGACUAACGGGGUCAGGAUGAGUAGACCUGUUGGACCUCUGCCCAUGUAUCCUGCGGCGGAGGACAACUACGGCUACGACGCCUGCGCCAUCCUCUGCCUGCCCUGUGUUCCCAGCAUCCUAGUCAUCGCCACGGAGACCGGCACGUUGUAUCACUGUGUGGUCCUGGAGUCCGAGGAUGAGGACGAGACCGGCGCCGUGGAGAAGUGGAUCCGUGGAUCUGAGGCGAUACCGGCUCUCUAUGUGUUUGAGUGUGUGGAGCUGGAGCUGACCCUCAAAGUGGCCUCUGGAGAGGAAGAGGACCCCCCUGAGUUUGAUUUCACAUGUCCAAUCAGACUCCACAGAGACCCCCUGUGUCAGCACCGGUAUCAUUGCACCCAUGAAGCCGGGGUCCACGGUGUGGGGCUGAUCUGGGUCAACAAGCUGCAGAAGUUCCUCCAGUCCGGAGAGGAGGAUAAGGACAGUCUCCAGGAGCUGGCGGCGGAGAAGCGCUGCAUCGUAGAACACAUUCUCUGUACCAGACCCCUCCCAACCAGUCAGUCUGCUCCGGUUCGUGGCUUUCUCAUCGUGUCUGACCUGUCUUUGGGCGCCACCAUGAUCUGCAUCACCAGCAGCUACGAGUGCAUCCUGCUGCCUCUGCUGAGCUCCAUUCGUCCUCCUUCCCCUCCACUGCUGUGUUCACAUCCAGGUCCAGGAUCCGGUAGCUCCCCUCUCCGCGGGCUGGCCGACGACUCCUUCGAGCAGCACAUCCGCAACAUCCUGGCACGCAGCUCCACUAACCCUCUCGUGCUUAAGGCUGGGGUCAGGGAAACGUCGCCGCCGCCUCCAGAGUGCCUGCAGCUCCUCAGCAGAGCCACGCAGGUGUUUCGUGAGGAGUACAUCCUCAAGCAGGACAUGGCCCGAGAGGAGAUGCAGAGGAGGGUGAAACUCCUGACCGGCCAGAAGAACAAGCAGCUGGAGGAGAUGACGCUGUGCAGGGAGGAGAAGAUGAGCCUGAGAGAGGCGGCCGAGAGGUUGGCCGACAAGUACGAAGACGCAAAGUAUCGCCAGGAAACCAUCAUGAACAGGGUCAAGAAAGUCCUGGGCAGCCUGCAAAGUCAACUCCCCAUCCUGUCAAACAGUGAGAAGGACAUGAGGAAGGAGCUGCAGACCAUCAGUGACCAGCUGAAGCACCUGGACAACUCCAUCAAACAGGUGAACAUGAAGACGGAGUACCAGAAGACACAGGUGGAUAAGGACGCACCCGCAGCCAGGGCAACGGUCUCACUCAACGCUCAGCAGAAGAAGGUUGUCCAGGACGUCCUCAGAGAACAGGGACAGCAGAUCGGGGACAUGAUGAAACAGAUCAAAGAUAUUAAAAACCACUUCAGUUUCUGAACUCGAACCGACACAAACAAACACUGCAGAGAGAACUGUGGAGAGGAGCGGGGAACGUCUCAGACCUUUACAGGAAAUGUGUUUUUUGGUGGAUUUGAGGGAAAAUAUAUUUUGUACUCUGUGAUAAAAUGUUCCCUUUCACACUUAACGCCAAGUUUGCCUGACAGCUGUAUUUUCUUACAUGAGUGUGAAGUUUUGAGUCAGUCAUGUAGUCAAAGUCCAACAUGCUGUGGUGGGUCAGAUAAAAUAGGGUUUUUUUUAACUGUAUGUAUCUUCCUGAGGUGUUUACAACAUGCUUCGCUCUGACUUUGGAUUAAAAAUAAAAUGUCAAAUAUCA